CUGUACGGACCUGGCAACCCGCUGGCCUUCGCGCAGCCGAGCCUCCAUCCUGGCACUUACCUUCAUCCUGGUAACUUGCAAGUUCCCGGACUAAAAACAGGAACUGCAGGAUGAGUUUAGCAGCAGAGGACGACGACGCCGGCGCUUUAGAAACCGUCAAAUCUGUCACGCUCACUCAGGACAGUGAUGGAAGCAUCAUACUGCACUGUCCUCCCUCUGACGAGGACUCGGAGCCACUCCAGAAGAAGCUGCGACUCUCCACACACGAGCAGGAAAACUCGGACACGCCUCAGUUCUCCGUGGUCACGUUGCCAGGUCAGACGAGCGCUGGACCGUUCCCUGUUCAUGACUACAUGUCGGACACUCAGGCGGAGACCUUUGAGGUGACGAUGACGCCCACGGCGGACGAGCUCUCUGAGGACAGCGUCACUCAGAUUCAGAUCCUACAGGAAGAUGAAGACUCCCUCUCAGCCAAUCAGAAGACGGAGGUGUCGCCUGUCAGUCAGGCCUGGUUCACAACUAAAGAAGACAAAGACACGCUGGCUAAUAAAGGUCAUAAGUGGAAACAGGGCAUGUGGUCUAAAGAGGAGAUUGACAUCCUCAUGAGGAACAUCGACCAGUAUGUGAAGGGCCGCGGCAUCGAGGACCCGGCAGAGAUCAUCUUUGAGAUGUCCAAAGAGGAGAGGAAGGACUUCUACCGCUCCGUGGCGUUGGGAUUGAACAGGCCGCUGUUUGCCGUCUACAGACGAGUCCUCCGGAUGUACGACAACCGCAACCAUGUCGGCAAGUACACUCCUGAUGAGAUCGAGAAGCUGAAGGCGUUGAGGGAGAAACACGGGAACGACUGGGCGACUAUCGGUGCUGCACUAGGUCGCAGUGCAUCCUCUGUGAAAGAUCGCUGCCGGCUGAUGAAGGACACGUGCAACACAGGUAAAUGGAGCGAGGACGAGGAGCGACGGCUUGCCGAGGUCGUAUACGAGAUGGCAGGGGUGUCACCGGGGUCGGCGGUCACAGGAGGCGUGUCAUGGGCGACGGUGGCUGAUCGAGUCCGCACACGCUCAGAAAAGCAGUGUCGGUCUAAAUGGCUGAACUACCUGAACUGGAAGCACAGUGGAGGAACUGAGUGGACGAAGGAAGAUGACUUGAAUCUUGUACGCAGGAUAUCAGAGCUUGAUGUGGAUGAUGAGAAUGAAAUUAAGUGGGAGGAUCUCGCCGGCGGAUGGAGCAGCGUUCGAUCACCCCAGUGGCUCCGAUCAAAGUGGUGGAGCAUCAAGAGACAAGUGGCCAAUCACAAGGACAUCCCCUUCAGUGUCCUCCUGAAGGGCCUCCAGGAGCUCAUGGCCUCCUCGCAGUCGGCAUCUGUUCCGGGCAGCCCCUCCUCCCUUCAGAUCCGACUCACCCGAUUAGACGAGAACAGUGGCGGAGCCAGCCCCGCCCCUAGCUCUGUGGCUGCACUGCAGAUUCCCUUACAGAUCCCGCUGCAGAUCACACACCUGGCGUCAGAUUCAGCGGCAGCAGCUAGCGACAGCGAGACCAUCACACUGAAUGCUGGAGCGCUGCAGACCUUUGAGAUCCUGCCGUCGUUCCACCUGCAGCCCACCGGCACCCCGGGAACCUACUACCUCCAGACGACACCCAAUCAGGGCCUUCCAUUGAGCUUAGCCAAUAACAGCACCGUUACCCUGACGACGAGCUCCUCGCCCUCGUCUCAUGAACACAUUAUCCUCCACAGUCUGUCGGCCGACAGUCUCUGCUCCAGCGAUGGCGUCAUCAUCCAGACUGUCGCCUCUGACCCCGCCUCCUCCUCCUCUGAAGCCCUCAGCCAGCAGCAGCUGGUGGUGGAGACUGAGACCCGGGGCCAGGACGAUCGUCUCGACGCCGCAAGUCUGUUGGAGGGGUCGGAGAGUGUCGUCACGGAAACUCAGGAGCCAAUGACGAAUGGCUUCAGUGACACAGACAAAGGCCUGCGUUCCCCCCCGAUGGAGGCUCCAAUGGUGCAUUCUGGGAUAACGUCUGGGAGCGCCGUGCUGAUCGUGUCUCCUCCCAACAUCAGUAGCACACUAACGGAUCCCAUCUUGGAAAACCAGGAAGUCUCUGACUGAGUCGGACUUCCCGCUGCAGCUGUCGCUCAGGGCGACACCUCCACCCUUGGGCUUGACCCGGCAUGUCAGACUGUGAUACUCCCUCCUCUCCUGCUUCCA